CCAUCAACCGUUACCCAUAAAAACCAAUAUGUGAUGUCACCGACGUCCAUUGUCGACCGUAAGAACUAAAAUGUGACGACAUAUGCGUCUCCCUGUCCCCGAAUAUUGCGAUUAUGGAUACAAUUUGAAAGAUGCCGAUGAGGUUAAGGAAUACCUGAAAAAUCUUCAUAUCGAGUAUCAGUUCGGUUGUCUGAACGAAAAGAGACCUGAUGUUUGUCAUCUACUGGGAGAUUAUAACGACGCUAUUAAACAAGAUUAUAACGAAGCCGCGAAGAUAUAUAAGGAUAAUUGUGACACAAGGAAUUACAAUAAAAGCUGUACCAAGUACGGUGAAUAUUCCUUUGCGGGUAGAGGAUGCGAGAAAAAUAUUCAGGAGGCAUUCAAAUAUAUGAGAAAGGGUUGUGAACUUAAUGAUCCAAAGGGUUGCCUAGAUGCAGGUGCUUUUGCAGUGUCCGAUGAAAAGUUAGAAAAAUCAAGGGAUACUCAAGUUUCACUUGGAAUACAAAUGUUAAGAAAAGCUUGCGAUGCUAAUGAGGAAAGGGCCUGUUUUUAUUUAUCCGGUAUUUUCUUGAAAGGAAUAGAAGGAUUCGUUGAGAAAAAUAUGAAGGAGGCAUAUGUGUUUUCCUUGAAGUGUUGCGAGGCAGGAAAUCCUUAUGCUUGUGCUAAUGUAUCGAUGAUGCAUAAAAACGGUGAUGGUGUGCAGAAAAAUGAGGAGAUGGCAAAAGCAUUUAAGACUAGAUCCACUGAAUUGUUAAAAGAUAUUAGAGAAGCUAAGAGACAGUUGAAAUUUCAGCAAGGUAUUAAUCCUUAACUGAAUCUUCGAUAUUAAAUAUUGUAUUGUAUAGUAGAUGUAUUGAAGUAUUCAAGUUGUAAUUAAUACACAAAUAUGUAUUGUUAUUUAUUUGUAAUUAAAACACUAUAAAAUUUCGGCAGAUUUGUAUGUUGUCGAAAGAGAAUAUUAUCUUAUUGUAAGGUAAUUAAUAUAGUAAGUUGAAACCAUUAUUCCUUAUUUUUAUUUUUCAAUUUUAAAAACAGUACAGCUGGUAUCUAGCCGCAAACCACUAUGAACUUACUAUAACGAUCUAAUGGUAAAAGUCUAAAAUUAAUUGAAUUUACACAAUAAUUACAGAUACAAAAAGACUGACAUGCCUUUGAUUUUUUGGGGUCCUAGACACCCCCGAUGAAAUUUGGUCUGCAUGUAUACAGCACAGUCGAUAUGAUAAUCGUAUCUGUCUUACCAGUCUCUUUUCUUACCACAUUUUGCACUAACAACUGACAGCAGUGAUGACAAAUUUUUUUAUCUUUUAAUUAUUGUGUAGAGAAAAUUAUAAUAUAUGUAAUUCAUGAAAAAUAAAUUUUAUUACGAAUAAAA